AUGGUCCAGACGGAUAGGGGAAGACGACCCCUGCGGGGUAACGACAGCGUGGAUGACGACGACUGGACCGUCUACAGCGACGCCGAGAGCAUCUCCAGUUGCUCUACUCUGUCAUACCAUUACUUCCAGACGCCGGACGGAGGUGAUCAGCCGCCCUUAUUUCGUUUAAAACGUGAAGAGCAGGACAGCGUCGUCUACGAAGCAUGGAACGUUUAUUACUACCCGGCCAGGCGGGAGGCACACUAUGGCCGCAAAGCGUUCGGGAUUACGUCUCAGAGCUUCGACGAGAUAGCUAGCCGCACCGAGCUGAGGCGCCAACCAUCUGUGCAAUCAGAAUUGGCCGAUAUGCACCUGCACGCCAUUGAGGAGUUCAGGGCGGAACACAAGCGAUGCUGGGCCGCGCGAGCGUUCCGUGGGAAGGGCAAGACUUACGAACAGCAUCUCGAGGAGAAAUGUCGCGCCGCACCGGCCGAAGUCAGGAAGACUGUGACGGACCUCCUUUUUGACAAGGGUAAGGCGACAUCAAACCGUUACCGGACGCGAACUUGGACCGUUGUCGCGAUGAGGGAGCAGCUGCAGGACCGGUUCGCCGAAACCGACUUCACCGAAGUGAAACGGCACAAGGUCCGGUUUUGGAAGAACCCCAAACCCCAAGAACACUUGCUGUAUACCGUGGUCAUCCGAGGCGCUGGGACCAAGGUUGUCCCUGAGGGUCAAGAUUGGCUCACCACCUUUUCUCCAACCUCCAACCCUUGGCUGUACUGCGACAAUGACGAAAGACGCCGGAGAACACGCGAGGAGCGCGAGCGACGAGACGCUGCUCGCCAAAAGCGGCGCACAUUGUCACCCUCAUUCAGAGCUCCGUCGCCGUCCUAUCGGGCCCAGUCGCCAUCAUACCGCGCCCGAUCGGUGUCACGCAGGACCCGAACACGCUCCUUCUCACCGCCCUCGUACCGCAGCUGGCGGAGCCGCUACGAUUCGCCGCCGCCCUCGGUCCGGUAUUCCCGCAGCGACAGUCCCCCUCCGUACCGGUCCUCCAGCCCGCGCGCAUCCCCGCUCCCCAGCCGCUCCCCCAGCGUCCGCAUCCGCGUCGUCCCGCGCUACACCCCGACCAACUUCGACGACACCCCCUUUCCCCCCACCCCACCCGAAUCAUUCACCCCUCCGCCGGGCGUAUCAGCGUACCAUCGCCCGGGGAUGUUCGCACCGCCACCACCACCACCCUUCCCUGCCCCAUACACCCCGGGCCCGGCCACUACCAGCCCGUUCCAACCACGCCCGCCCAUGCCCGCGUACCCGAUGAUCACGGGCGGGCUCCCGGCCCCGCGGAUCACCGACCCGCCCACGCCGACGCACUGCCCCAACUGCCGCAGCACAGGCACCGCGCCGUGCGCGCACUACCCGCGCACCCAGCCCUGCCGCAGGCCCGUCCUCUGGCACGCCGGCAUCGCCUACCACCCGCCCUGCCGCCGCACCCUUCCUCGGCACACGCCCCACCAGCAGGCGCCCACACCGGCUUCAACUUCAACUUCACCACCCCCCUACCCCGCGCCCCCUCCCGCCGGCACCUACCCCCACCCCCACCAGCAGCAGCACACCACCAUCACCCCCUUCCACAUCCCCCCACCACCCAUGGUGCCCACCUCCCCAUCCACGCGCAUUUCGCCGCCACCCAUGCCCCCUCCGAUGCCAGGCUCGGCAUCCAGCUCCCGCCCCGCCAGCUGGUUCCCCGACUCACCCGGCCCGAUGCCCGCCGCGCCCAACCCCUUUUCACCGCUGUCUACGCCGCCGCUCACGAGCGCGGGCGGGUCGAGCGUGGGCGGGUCGAGUGUGCGGGCGUCGACUCCGGUGUUGGAGGAGAGGGUGAGGACGCCGGUGGUGGUGAGGGUGAGGACGCCGGUGGUGGUGGCGGUGGAGAGGGCGGGGGAGGUUGUGAGGGUUGGUGAGGAGGAUGGGUUGGAUUAA